AUGAAACCCGCCACCUCUUCCCUGCGACAUCUGAGCUCCGCGCCACGAGCGCACCUCUUCAGCCACCGUUGCCCGUGCCGAUGCCGCCGAAUCAGCACCACCGCCUCUCUCCGCAGUGCCUCCUCCAGAUCUUCCUCCUCCCCUUCACCGGCGCAGCCCAGCGCGUUCAGCUUCGGCGGGCCCGCCCCGCCCCGUCUGCCGAAAGAAGAACAGGAAAUCUUCGAAUCUCUCCAGCGCGCCUCCACCGGCGCCUUUUCUACGCCCCGCGCGCCGCCGCGUAUCAACCAGUCGCCGGACUUGUCGGACGCCGAGGCGGUCGAUGCACAGGCGACGGUCGAGGCGAGGGUGGACAAGAUCCAGACUGGCAUCAAGGAUGGCGAACGCACCGUGACCUCCAGCUCCGACGACAAGUCUGGCUCGGAAAGCCUGCAUGGUCGUGUGAGUGUCAUCGAGGCCGCAGGGAGAGGCGAGGAACUACAUCCCAACGUGGUCAGGGGUGCGGAGCCCGAGUUCGAGGGCGAUGUCAAUCCCAAGACGGGAGAAGUGGGAGGACCGAAAAAUGAACCUUUGAGAUGGGGGCCUGCGGGUGAAUGGACGUAUAACGGCAGAACCACAGACUUUUAG